GACUAGGGUUUAUUAGAGCUCUCCGAUCACAACCACAGCCCUCUUCUCGCUCCGAUCGACCGUCGCCGGCCAAUUCUCCAAGGUUGAUAGUGCGGUUUUCCGACGAUGACUCGUGUUUACGUCGGCAAUUUGGAUCCUCGGGUGAGCGAUAGGGAUCUUGAAGAUGAGUUUCGCAUGUUCGGCGUUCUUCGCAGUGUGUGGGUUGCUCGGAGGCCACCGGGAUAUGCCUUCAUCGAAUUCGAUGAUCACAGGGAUGCUCUGGAUGCAAUUCAGAGAUUGGAUGGAAAAAAUGGUUGGCGUGUGGAGCUGUCUCAUAAUUCCAAAGGUGGUGGUGGUGGUGGUGGAGGCCGUGGUGGGCGUGGUGGAGGUGACGAUUUGAAGUGUUAUGAAUGUGGUGAACCUGGACAUUUUGCACGAGAGUGUCGUAUGCGUGUUGGUUCACGGGGAUUGGGUAGUGGAAGACGGAGAAGUCCUUCCCCUCGACGUGGCCGUAGAAGUCCCAGUUAUGAUGGUUAUGGGCGCAGGGCUUAUAGUCCACGCAGGAGAAGAUCUCCUCCUCCUCUACGACGUCGCACCCCAUCACCUCCUCUUCGACGUGGACGUAGCUUCAGCAGGUCUCCCCCAUACCGCCAUGCUCGACGUGUUUCACCUUAUGCCAAUGGGGACUGAGCUGGAACUUGAUUAGAGCAAAUGCUGGAUGGAUAUUGAAAGUCUAAUAUCUCUCUAAAGUAGUUCUGAUAGGAUUGGUUGAACUGACAAGAAACAUGUUAGUUUUGUUGAUGAUGUUGUGACAAUUCUGUCGAAGUGUUUUUGCCGCAUAAAGGGGUGCUUUGGUCACUGUUUUGCGCCGGCGUUCUCUCUUCGGCUUACUGAAACUUGGAGGUCGAAUUUCUACUUUUAUGUUUCCCUAUUAUAUCUGUUUAUAUAUGUCUUUAUAUAAAUUUCCUGAGUGAUUAGAUUCCAUUGUUUUUCUCAAUUUUCCUAAAAAGUUUAUUUGUUUUUGUUUUGAGGUAUGAUUUUCGGCUAAAACAGCUUUAUUUUGCCGCUUACUGCAUCUUUGUGCACACUGUUCCAUCUCUGUCUUCACCACAGUCUUCUACUUGU